AAGGCUUUGUGAUAACUGGUUGUCAGAGCUUUUAAGUAAACUUUGAAUUCUGCUCCAUAUUGUUUAAAUCGUCAGCUAAAAACAUGCAAAUGAGUUACCAGCUGCUUCAAAACAUCACGUAUGACAUUAUGAAAUCGAAAAUCUGAGCCUUUUUAUCUGUACGGAUAUUCAAUCGCUUUUCUUGACAGUCCAGUCGCUUAAACUUGUCAGCUGAUCUACCGAUUGCUUCUUGGCAGCAUUUCCCCGCCCUGACCAACGAUGAGUCGCGUUGAUUUUAUGCCUUCUCCUGUUUUGAGUCCUUCCAAUGUCAACGCCGAAACGCCGAAUGGACAAACUUUUGAGAUGCAACCGUUGCCACACGGAGAAAAUAAUUUGUUCGAAGCUGCGGCUAACGGGCGCGUGGCUGAAAUUAAAGCCUACUUUUCAUCUUCUGAAAGCAAAGCGGACAUUUUGGAUAAUGAUGGCCGAGGUGCUCUUCACCACGCAGCGAGAAUGAACCGCGUUGAGGUGAUUGAAUUUAUGCUGAAAGCAGGCGCCAAUGUUGAUGUUCUCGACAGAGAAGGACUAACUCCUCUUCACGUUGCAGCCAGGUCAAAUUCCCUUGAAGCCCUGGACUCUUUGCUGAGGAAUGGAGCGAAACUGAACGCCGUAAGCACAUCAAGAGGCUGCACUCCUCUUCACAUUGCUACAGAAUUCGGCAACAGACAGAUUGUCCAGCGCCUGCUAAACGAAAAGAACCUGGAGAUUGAUACCAAAAAUGGAGAAGAAGUCACUGCGUUACACAUCGCCAUCAGUCGUGGAUAUGGCGGUUUAUGUACAGAUCUUCUCCACAGCGGUGCAAGAGUUAAUAUAUCUACUAAAGAGAGUAACACGUGCCUCCAUUUGGCAGCAAGUGCUGCCAACACAGAUAUUUUUUCUGCGGUUAUUCAAGCAGCUAUGGCAGACAUUACAAAUUACCCAGGUUAUGCUAUGCAGUCUACCAUAGAUGUACCGGAAUUUGGCCGGUUUGUCAAUCAAACAAACGGAGACAAGAACACAGCGCUUCAUAUAGCUGUCCAAACAGGUCACUUUUCCAUUUGUAACACCCUCUUGCAGCACGGGGCAGAUCUCAACAUGCAGAACAGAUGCUAUAAGACUCCUUUGCAUUUGGCUUCUAUCAGAAAAAAGAAAGAGAUUAUGGAAUCACUCAUCCAGCGAGGAGCGCAAUUAAACAUAAAGGAUAUGAAGCAGAGAACACCUUUACACAGUGCGGCGUCGUUCGGAAAUGAAGACGGCAUCGAUCUUCUACUCAAGAGCUUAGCAUUCAGAGAUCCGAAAGAUCAAGAUGGAAUGACACCCUUUCUUUGCGCUGUAGCUGCUGGUCAUACCAGAUGUGCCGAGUUGCUCCUCGAGAAUGGUGCAAAUAUCUCAGUUCGUGACAGUUACCAGCGAUGCUGUUUUCACUUUGCUAUAGAAAACGACAAGGAAGUGGUCUUAGCGACGUUGCUGCAAAGACCAGAGUGUGAACUCAUAAAUGCUCCUGAUAUUCAAGAAAGGACUCCAUUGCAUUGUGCUGCUUUAUCGUCUAAUAUAAGGUUGUUAGACAUUUUAUUGGGAAGAAAGGCAAACAGUCUCCUCACAAAUGGUGCUGGUAAAACUGCCCUGCAUAUAGCGGCCGAAACCGGAAGAGUUCGUCACGUUGAGGCUCUGGUCAAGAAUUCUUGCGCCAGUGUUGAGCAAAAGGAUCCCGAUGGACGAACACCGUUACAUCUCGCAGCAUUGAAUGGAAAUGAGAAAAUCUGCGCAACCCUCUUACGCAUGGGCGCACAAGUCGACAGCGUUGACGUCAAUGGCUCCACUCCUCUUCUGCUAGCUGCUAAGAUAGGUACAGUUUGCAUAAUCCAAUUGUUCCUCGAGAGGAACGCCGACAUAGAUCACCAAGACAAGACUGGAAGUACCGCACUUCUGAUUGCAUCUACAAGAGGCCAUGUGGAUGUUGUAAAGAUGCUUUUGAAUCGACAAGCAAGUUUGAAACCGAAUCAAAACGGUCUCAAUUGUCUCGAUGUGGCCAUAGAGAACCAGCAAAGCGACGUUGUAAUGGUUAUUAUAAAAAAUUCAAGAUGGAGAGAGGUGUUAUCUGCGAAGAGCUCGGAUGGUCAGAACAGGAUGGGCAAGCUAAUUAAAAGGUUCCCGGAUUCUGCCAAAUGUGUGCUGGAUCGCUGGAUUCAAAGUUCUACCAUCAAUCGUUCCAUCACAUACGACUUCAGCCUUCUUGACCCAGGCCCUGAUGAUAGCAGUGGGCCCGGUGGGAAGCCGUUCUUUGGUCUUAAGGUCAUGGUGGAAUACAAGCAAAAAGAUCUUCUGGUUCACGAUGUUUCCAGAAAACUCCUCCAGAAAAAGUGGCGUGUCUAUGGAUGGUUUGUUUACUGGACGAACCUUGUCUUGUUUUCCGUAUUUCUUGGACUUAUGACAUAUUUCAUGUUACAUGAACGCGGCAAUGUUGUGCUCAAACCUCAAAGUAGUUACGGCGAAGAUGAAGAAGAGCAAGUUUUCAAAAGGAAGGAUACUAACGUGUUCAGACACACUCUUGAGUUCCUUAUUCUGAUUUUUGCAUGUCUCCACCUCUUAAAAGAGCUGUAUCAAAUCUAUGCUCAGCGGCUAGAGUAUUUCAAACAAGUGACGAAUUUAUUGGAAUGGGUCCUUUACCUGUCGACCAUAAUAUUUAUUCUCCCUUACAUAUUUGAAAAUCUUACAAGUCUUCGAAGUUAUCCGAACCUCACCUGGCAGUUAGGAACAGUUGCUGUAUUUCUGGCUUACGUAAAUCUUAUAUUGUUCGUUCAGACUCUGAAUUAUGUCGGUAUCUACGUGACAAUGUUUUUCCAAGUGGCAACCACUGUGGGUAAAGCCAUCAGUAUUUUCGCCUUGUUUUCUUUGGCUUUUUCCGUGGUGUUCUUCAUAUUAUUCAGGGAACAGGAAUCGUUUAAAAACUUCGGCUUAACUUUAAUGAAAGUAGUUGUAAUGACUAUUGGCGAGCUCGAUUACACCACCAUGAUCGUGGACAAUUUUAACGUUACCACAGACUCCGGAGCGCCUUUAGUGCCUUACCGAGAAGCGUCUCUCGUCUUCCUAUCCCUCUUCAUAUUUGCCAUACCUAUCGUUCUCAUGAACCUUCUGGUCGGCUUAGCUGUCGGUGACAUUGAAUCUGUGCAGCGAUUUGCGUAUCUCAGAAACAAGGGAAAGUUUGUGGACUUCGUCUACGGAGUGGAAAGAAGAUUUCCAAAAUUUAUCACGCGCUAUUUUUACAAGCCUCAAUUGGUGAUAUGUGGUAUCCUCUUGGAGAAGAUCUCGUUACAGGAAUACACCUUUGUUAUUGACCAAGACCUCGAUGAAGAUGAAGAUUACAUGACAGCAGACCAAGUGGAGGAGCAAAGGCUAGAAAUCCUCACCAAGGAACUGGCAAAGACCACGCAACGACAGUUGUCUAUCAUGGGAACGAUUCAGGACCAGAGGAACCUUUUACUUGCCUUAGCUGCCAAAGCUGGGAUUGACACUCGAGAACAAGACACUAGAUCCGUCUCUAGGCUGUGAAUUAAAUCGGUCAUUACAAGAGGCAGUGUAGGAUAGAAUAGUCACGGGUUCAAACUUUGCAAAAUAAAUUUUUAAAAUUCA